AUGACAUCGUUGUUGCGCAUGGAGAAGUACGUGGACGACUGCUCUGCUGUCUUCGUUCAAAAACUGCGAGAAUUCGGAAAGACUCAUGAGACGUUGAAUAUGGCCCGCUGGCUGCAAUUUUACGCCUUUGACGUUGUUGGAGAGCUAACUGUUGGAAAAAGAUUCGGCUUCCUUGACGAAGGGAAGGAUGUCGGCGGGAUUAUCUCAGCUAUAGAUACGUACCUUGCUUACACAGCCAACGUCGGUGUCUACUCUGAAUGGCACCCAUUUAUCUCUUCCAUGAUGCAGAAACUAAGCCCUCGCCAGGGAAGGGGUUCCAUGGUUGAAUUUACGCAGGCGCAGAUAGACAAGCGUAAAGAAGAUGAGACUAGCCCCCAUGAGUUGGACGGGACUGGUGAUUUCCUUUCCAUAUACCUGGCCCUCCACAAGAAGGAUCCAAGCUCUUUCACGGACCAGGACCUCUUUGCAGGAUGCAUCACCAACAUUGGUGCUGGGUCGGAUACUACGUCCAUCAGUCUAAGCUCAGUACUCUAUAAUCUGUGUAAACAUCCGGAAGCCUUGCAGAAGUUACGGGAGGAGCUGGAGCAGAAGCAAGCAAAUGGCGAACUAAGUAACCCGGUGACUUUCAAGGAAUCUCAGGCAUGCCCUUAUCUACAAGCAGUGAUUAAGGAAGCGUUACGUGUCCAUCCUGCUACAGGCUUUCCCUUAGGGCGUGUCGUACCAAAAGGAGGAGCCACUAUUGCCGGAACUUUCUUCCCGGAGGGGGCAAUUGUGGGCAUAAAUACUUGGGUCGCACACAUGAACGUUUCUGUGUUCGGGCAUGAUGCAGAGCUCUUCCGACCGGAGCGGUGGCUUACGGACAAAGACAACUACAACCGGAUGGACCGGUAUUUUUUUACCUUCGGAAUGGGUUCCCGCACUUGCAUCGGUAAGAAUAUCAGUCUUAUGGAGGUCGGCAAGGUCAUCCCAACGCUUGUUCAGGAGUUCGAUUUUGAGCUCGUCAAUCCCGAUGCCGACCUCAAGACGCGAAACGUUUGGUUUGUCAAGCAGCAGAGCUUCUUUUGCAAAGUUUCCGAGAGGCAUAGCAAUUCGCAAACCACGGCAGAAAAGUAG